UCCUCCUACUUCAUCUCUCACAAAAUCCCACUCUCCAAUUUCCCCAUUUUUCGAUCAAAUUAAUGUUUCAGAAAAUUUGAGCAAGAAUGUCGGUAUCCUCCAUAACAAUCCCUUGUCUUCAACCUUCAUGGCGGUUCCCGUCGCAAAAAGCGCCGGCGAGACGUCGUUCAAAGGUGGGCUCUGUUUCUCUACCCAAAAUCUAUGCGGUGGAUCAGUCGUCGCCGUCCGUUCAAACGCCGCAGCGGACGACGAAGCUUCCGUUGAGGAAGAUUCCCGGCGACUAUGGUCCGCCGGUGCUCGGAGCGUUGAAGGACCGGCAAGACUAUUUUUACAAUCAGGGGAGAGAAGAGUAUUUGAAAUCUCGAAUGCAUCGGUAUGAAUCCACUGUUUACAGAACCAAUAUGCCGCCGGGUCCGUUCAUCAGUUCCGAUCCUCGAGUUGUCGUUUUGCUCGACGGCAAAAGUUUCCCUGUUUUGUUCGACAAUUCUAAGGUUGAGAAGAAGGAUCUCUUCACCGGAACUUACAUGCCUUCAACGGAACUCACCGGCGGCUACCGGGUUCUGUCUUAUAUUGAUCCGUCGGAGCCGAUUCACCAGAAGCUUAAGCAACUGCUGUUCUUCCUCCUCAAGUACCGCCGGGAUAAAAUCCAGCCGGAAUUUCACUCUGUUUUUUCAGAGCUUUUCGAUACUCUGGAGAAGGAUUUGGCCGCCACCGGUAGAGCAAAGUACAAUGAUCCCGGUGAACAGGCGGCGUUUAAUUUCUUGGCUCGAUCUCUCUACGGUGUUAAUCCGGCGAAUACCAAAUUGGGCCAAGACGCUCCGAAAUUGAUUGGGAAAUGGGUUCUGUUCCAGCUUGGCCCUGUUUUAAAUCUCGGCCUCCCCAAGUUCGCCGAGGAGCUCCUCCUCCGCACAGUCCGGCUACCACCGGCGCUGGUUAAAGCCGAUUACCAGCGGCUUUACGACUUCUUUUACCAGUCGUCGGCUGCGGUGUUUGAAGAAGCCGAGAAAUUGGGGAUUUCGAGGGAAGAAGCUUGCCAUAACUUGCUCUUCGCGACAUGUUUCAAUUCAUUCGGAGGAAUGAAGAUUUUCUUCCCCAAUAUGCUCAAAUGGCUUGGCCGCGCCGGAGCAACUCUACACGGCCAACUCGCGCAGGAGAUUCGUACCGCCGUUAAAGCCCACGGCGGGGAAAUCACAAUGGCGGCUAUGGAACAGAUGCCGUUGAUGAAAUCGGUGGUGUACGAAGUGUUCAGAAUCGAGCCGCCGGUGCCAGUUCAGUACGGUCGGGCGAAGCAGGAUCUUGUGAUAGAAAGCCACGACGCGGCGUUCGAGAUCAAAGAAGGGGAAAUGAUUUGUGGGUAUCAGCCAUUUGCGACCAGAGAUCCGAAAAUCUUCGACAGAGCCAACGAAUUCGUGCCGGAUCGGUUCAUCGGUGACGGCGAAAAGUUACUGCAGCACGUGCUCUGGUCAAACGGUCCGGAGACUCAAACGCCGUCACUUAAGGACAAGCAGUGCGUCGGAAAGGACUUUGUCGUUUUCAUCUCUCGCCUUCUUCUCGUCGAACUCUUCCUCCGAUAUGAUACCUUCGACGUCGAAGCUGCCGUCUCGCCGUUGGGCGCCGCCGUCACGGUAACUUCCCUGAAGAAGGCAAGCUUUUGAAGGGUAAAUGAAAAUAACCGUCAGGUAAGUUCGGGAUUCUUCUUGUGGGGUAAAAAAUGUGUAUAACAGCUAAGUAAUGGGCUUAGAAACAAAAAUGAUUGUGGCCCCCACCAGAUCUCAAUAUUUUACCAUGAAAUUUAAUCUUUAUUUU